AUAAAGAAUCUUUUUAAGUGAUAUUUUAAUUGAAACAAUAGAGUGGCAGACGGGUCACUUAAAUACGAGUGAUUUUGCGCUCUUAGAAUGGAAUAUUCACUCUAAGUCGACCGAAUAUUCUCACUCGAAGUUAAAGAGUGUCCACCGGUGUAAGAAUGAAUUUGUUCACUUGGAGUCCACUGUAAGUUUGAACGAAACAUUCAAUCUUAUGGUUCUGAUUCGUUAUCAGUAUUUUCGCUAUCAUAUUACGAGUGAAUUUGCGUUUGCUUUGACUGAUAUAUUAUUCCAAGAACUUAAGAGAAAUUCAAUUUUAUCUUUCAUAUAUUUAUAACAUACUCAUAUCUAUAUAAUCUUGUAUAAUCUUACACGUAGAUAAGAAUCACGAAUAAGAGUGUGUGUGUAGGAAUAUGCGACGCUAAUGUACAUGUCCUUGUUAAUGAUCGUGCAAAAAUUAAUAUUCCUUGUUUGUCUCAUGACACAUGUGCUUCUGUCGGAGAAGUGUCUUGCGAGUGCCAUUUACGUUAGAAGGUUGACGUGUACGCGGUUUGUAAACGGGAAACAAGGUACGUAUUAUGGAAUUCUUUGGAAUCGAUUUCGAUCAGAAUAUUACCGUUACCUAGUUUAUUGUCUUUUCUAGAGAGAACGGAAUUAUUCCGAUCGGAAUCGGUUGCGAAGAGUUCUGUAAUACGUGCCGAGGCCGGCUUGUCAGCGAGUUAAAUUACACAACUUUCUUAAUAUGAAUGACGUAACGGUGACAGUAGCUACCAAUUGUUCGUGGUGCAGAGAAGAGAGAGAGAGAGAAAAAGAGCAGACAGCUGGACCGGUAAAAGUCCCGGCGGGCUUUGGUCAUCUAGCCGGGGGGAUUUGCCCCACCAUCAUUGACCGUGUUGCGACAGUGGGUCUAAACUCCCUAACGCCCGUUUGCACCCCACUUCCUUCAUCCGUUUGGUGCGCAGGUGGAAAGCACCAGUAUACUUCAUACGAAGCGAUUGAUCGUUCAGUCCAUAGAAAACAUCGUAUCACGCGAGAUCGAUCAGCCGCGAAGUAUAUUUCGUAGAUUGCGGUAGAGAAGAAUCUCCUUUCCCUUUCUUUCUCUCCCUUGAGUAUCAGUUAGUGUAGCUCGGUGAUCACUCCUCUCGUCUAAUCGUUCUUCCCGCUCUCAUCGAGAGAAUCGGCGGCUCCCAUAUCGCGAGAUAGCACGCAGAUCGUCAUUCGGUGAGGAGGAGUUCGUUGCUACCGCAAAAUCGUCGUGUACGCGACAGAACCACCGACUGUUUUCCCUAUACGAGACCGGUGUGACGGGACCCACAAGAUCAAAGGCAGCAAACACCAGGGGGAGGAUCAGAGGCGACUUCGGACGCAACGUGCGGACGAUCCUCAGCGAUCUAGGAUGAAUUAGUGGGUCUCGUCGUGACGUGAUAACGCGAGUCAAUUUUGAAAGGUGACUUCUCGAUGAACGCCAGCGCGUCGUUGACGGCCGACAGGAUGUCUAACAUCUACAACAACUCCGUCGUACGAUUUUACCACCAUGUGUUCCACGAUUUAUCUGAUCCCCGGACGAGAGAGUGGGUCUUCAUAUCGUCGCCCGUGCCCGCCGCUAGCAUCUUAAUUGGCUACCUGUACUUCGUUCUGUCAUGGGGCCCGAGACAUAUGGAACACCGAAAGCCAUAUCAAUUAAAAAACGUCCUAGUACUGUACAACUUCCUGCAGGUUCUUAUCAGCAUUUGGUUGUUUUUGGAGGGCUUGGACGGCGCGUGGCUGAAGGAUUACAACUGGAAAUGCCAGCCAGUGGAUUUCUCGUACUCGCCGGAUGCCUUGAGAGUUGCGAGAGGAGUUUAUAUCUAUUUUCUGGCGAAACUGACGGAACUGCUGGACACGGUGUUCUUCGUGUUGCGCAAGAAGGAAAGGCAAAUCACAUUUCUCCAUAUGUACCAUCACACUGUGAUGCCCAUGGCGUCAUGGGGCGCCACAAAAUAUUAUCCCGGGGGCCACGGCAUCUUUAUAGGAAUCAUCAAUAGUUUCGUGCAUAUCAUCAUGUACUCUUAUUAUCUGCUGGCGGCAUUACUACCUCAGUAUCAACAAUACCUCUGGUGGAAGAAGUACAUCACUACACUGCAAAUGGGUCAAUUUUGUCUGGCCUUCUUGCAUAAUAUACAACUGCUGUUCUACGAUUGCGAGUACCCGAGAUGGUCGAUGAUUUUGAUCCUGCCGAACGCGAUGUUCUUCUACUUCCUCUUCGCGGACUUUUACAAUAACGCUUACACUACCAAGAAGGAAAACGGCGUGUCGCCGACUCAAAACUCGGCCAAAGCGAGCGACGUCGCGGAGAAAGUGAGCAACAACGAGAUACCGAACGGAAAAGGGAAAAGCGACUAAUCGAGAACAACUGAGAAAGGAGACGCGAUCGCAAUGAAAGGCGACACGGCUGCUAUCCCUACUAACAUUAAAUCGCACCGCAGUUUCUUAUCCAGUUUUUCAUCUCAUCAAUUAGUACCAAAAUUACGAAAUACUUUAUUCUGGGGUCAUCGCACACGAGAAGAAUUAAUCAAUUAAAAAAAAAGAAGAAAAGAAUAACUGAGAGACCACCAAGCAUUCACGAACAAAGAACGUAUUUGACCAUUCUGCAUUUUUUAAUCUUUCACAGGAAUGUAAACGAUCUGCUUGAUGUGUGUCUUGACGCGUGCGACAUUAAAGUCAUAUCGAACGGCUGAGCUGAUAUCAAGAUGUCUAAUUAGUAUAUGGCACGUCUUUAUCCACAUUGCUGCUUGACACGUGAAUUCGAUGAACGGCCGCAAGCAGAGUCCGCUUAUUAGAGCUUGCUUAUUUAUAUUACAUAUAAAUUAAUAGCUCGGAAUACAGCGCAUUAUUACUUCAUAUAUGGAAACAUAUGUUGUCGCGUGUAUGUUCGGAUCUUAAUCCUUUAUCUGGUAAUAUUGCUCUUAAGUAACAUCGUUUUUUCAUGAGUUGUAUGCAAGAACGAACGAUGCAUUUAUUUAGUAUUUUUGCUUUGGAGCAAUAUCUAGUUAUCUCUGUUUUAUUCGUCGGUGUCUUAUUAGUUCCGACUUUUGCCACUAGAUGAUAAUGGUUGGAAAAAAUGUGUUUUCAAAAUGAUAUUUUGAAAACAGUAUAACUUCAAGAAACAUCACUUACUUCAUUUGAACAUAUAAACAUUUCUUGAAAUUUGUCUGUUUUCUUCAAAUUUGUCUUCCAUAUAAAGGAUUAAUGUAGCUUUUACACACACACACACGCACGCACACGCAAAACACACACACACACACACACACACACACGCUCGAACGCUCACACGCACACACGUACACACGCACACACGCACACACGCACGCACGCACGCACACACAC